AUGAUUGCGAUCAACCAAAUGCCAUUAUCAUUUUGUUCAAGUUCUGGGUUUAAACAGUUUAUGGCUAUCGUCGAACCAAAUUAUUUAAUAUGUAAAGAAGGAGCUAUAAAACGAAGACUCAAAGCAUUUAAAUCGUCGGUUGAAGAACAAAUAAAAAAAGAAUUAAGAAAUGCCAAGAGUGUAAGUUGUACAUCUGACUGUUGGUCAUCAAUAUCUCUAGAAUCGUAURUAACAGUUACUGCACAUUUUAUUGAUGACCAGUGGUGCCCAAAAUCUUACACUCUGACAACUCACCAAUUGGAGGACCGCCAUACAGCUCUCAAUCUAAGUAAUCAGUUGGAAACUACUUUUAGUAAAUGGGAAAUCGAACAAAAAGUUAUGGCAGUAGUUACUGAUAACGCAAAAAAUGUUUUGAAUGCUACUAAGCAAGAACAACUUGGUUUACCAACGGAAUGUUUAAUUCAAAGUUGUAAAACUAGAUGGAACUCCGUAUUCAUGAUGUUGGAUCGACCUUAUGAAAAUAGGUGCCCAGUAUCAAAUGUCUUUGCUGAUCGCACAGUUACUACAGCAGCAAUGGCACAAAAGUUCGAAGUAACCGAGAACCAAUGGGCAGCUAUAGAAACUAUAGUUAAAUUACUUAAGCCUCUACAAGUAAUUACAACUGUAUUUUGUGGUGAAAAAUAUUGUUCAAUUUCAAUGGUCAGGCCUCUCCUUAACAUUGUUAUAGAAAAGCAUUUACAGCCUCAGAUAAAUGRCGAUGAAAUUGCUCAAAAUUUCAAAUACAUUGUAAUACAAGAAUUAAAAGACCGUUUCAAGUWAAACUGGAAUCCUUCUAGUGUUGUGUCUGCUCGACAAAUUGCAUCUUUUCUCGACCCAAGAUACAAAGAUUUAGAACACGAGGCAGCAGAUGCAAGAGAAGAAAUUCGAACCCGAGUCAAGAGUUUGUUAGAUGAUAUAAGUGAACAUAAUGACGAUAUGCAAAUUCAAACAUCUGAGACAAAAAAUAGCUUCGGGGGACUUGCGUUUCUAUACGGUGAUAAGGGCAACUGUAAUACAGAUGAUUCUACAGUUCAAUUUCAAAAUUACUUGGCAGAACCACAAUUACGGUUUGAUUUUGAUGCAUUGGAAUGGUGGAAGACGCGUGCAACGAAGUAUCCAUUAAUGGUUGUUUUAGCUGUUAAGUAUUUAGGGAUACCAGCAACGUCAGUAAGUUCCGAACGGUGUUUCUCGACUGCUGGAAACAUUGUGACGGCUAAGAGAAGUUGUUUGGCGCCCGAAACG